AUGGCCAAAGAGGAGAAGCUCUCCUUCUCUUUCUCCUCAAAACCCUCAUCUCGGCCUACCUCCUCCAAACGCCCCAAACCCUUCGACCCCCAAGAAUCCAUGGACUCAUCUUCCUCAAAACCCCAAUUCGUCACCGUCUUCGACCCCUCCGAAACCCUAACCGAAACCCCUCCGCGCUCAGUCGUCAGUUGCCCCAAUCCCAACUCAACCGACUUCCGGUCCGGCGGAAUCAAGAAGAUGAAAACCUCUCCCUCCCUACGACGGGAUCCCAGAUCAACAACCCUCGGAAUCACAAAAAUUCUCUCGAUUCAAACUCCACCGGCCGCCCUUUGGACAAACAUCCUCCACGGCCUCACUCUCCGAUCCACCGCCGCCGACGCCGAUUCAGCCGUCCCCGCCGAGCAAGAAGACCUAACCCUAAAAAGAUUCCAUGAGGACAUGAGGAACCUUCCGGAAGACCGCGGCAUGGACGAGUUCAAGGACGUCCCCGUCGAGGGCUUCGGCGCGGCUAUCCUUGCCGGUUAUGGGUGGUCGGAAGGUAAGGGAAUCGGGAGGAACAAUAAGGGUGAUACUAAGGUUGUUCAGUAUGAUCGACGGGCUGGGACUCAAGGGUUAGGGUAUAAUCCGACUGUGAAUGUUGCUAUAGUGAAGGCGAAGAAAGGGAGUGAUGCGAAGUACUUGGUGAACAAGAUGUUCAAGAUUCCGGAGCCUGCGCCGGUUAGAAUUGUUAGGAUUGUUUCGGGGAGGCAUGUUGGGCUGAAAGGUGAGGUUUUGAGGAAGGGUGAGGGGUCUGAGCUUGUGCUGAGGUUGGUUGAUGGUGGGAAGGAGGUUAGGGUUGAUGAGGAGAUGGUUGCUGAGUUGGGUUCGGAGGCGGAGGAGAGGUGCUUGAGGAAAUUGAAGGAGUUGCAGAUUGUUGAUAGGAAGGAGAAGAGAAGAGAUAAGGAUGAUAAGGGUCCUAGUAGUUCAGGUGAUAAUCGGAGUAGAGGUAGCAAGGAUAAGAGCAAGAGCCCGAUUCGAUGGUUGAGAAGUCACAUUAGGGUUAGGGUUAUUAGUAAGGAUUUCAAGGGAGGGAAGUGGUAUUUGAAAAAAGGAGAGGUGGUGGAUGUUGUGGGGCCGACGACUUGUGAUAUGUCGAUGGAUGGAAACAGGGAGCUUGUGCAAGGGGUGGAUCAAGAGAUUUUGGAGACUGUAUUGCCGAAACAUGGGGGGUCGGUGCUUGUGCUCUAUGGGAGGCAUAAAGGGGUUUAUGGGAGUCUAGUGGAGAGAGACAUGGAGGAGGAGACUGGGGUGGUAAGAGAUGCAGAUAGUCAUGAUUUGAUCAAUGUGCGGCUUGAGCAGAUUGCUGAGUAUGUUGGAGAUCCGAGCUAUCUUGGAUAUUGAUUCUUUUAGAAUAAUUGCUGGAGCAGCUAAAGAAGUGAGCUAGAGGCUGUUGGAUCAAAGCUUGUCAAUGCUGUAUCAAUAGUUGAUGCAUAUCCUUUCCGAAUUGAUGUUUAAUAGAGGAUUCAGUGUUACUCUUGACCGUACAACGUGGUACCACCUAAUUAAAUCUGGAGAAACUAUUUUUAUGUUUGCUCCCAUCCCAGCUGGUACACUUGUUAAUUUCUUCCAGGUAAUUCAUUCUUCUAGCAUCAUCCUUGUAGGCUGAUGAUAAUGUAUAAGAUAAAACCUGAGCAGGAUUGUAUUUGGUGUUUUGUAUUGAUUUUGGCAGCAAGAUGUUUGAUACAUUGCAACAUCCUGUGAUUUGCUGACCAACUCUUUGAUUGUAAAUUAUUAGUUAUUACAAAUUAGAGCUGAGUCAGGAUAAAUAAUGAUGCUUACGAGUCAAAGCUUAACUGAAUGAAAUGUUGCUUCAUAGUUUCAUUUC